GUAGUUUAGAUGGUUGCGUUCCAAAACAUAACUGCACCGCACUAACGCUAACCGGUUCAGACAAAUCGUACGCACCACAUAUCGCCGAGCUGGUUAGAGAAACGACAUACCGUUUCCUAGCCCGGUUACGAAGUGACGUCGUCGACCACUCGAAUUUGAGCGGUAUGUUCCAGUUUGUUAAACCGGAGCCACGUGAAAAGGGCUAUUGGUAUUUGUUGUGAUCGAUUAGAGGUUAAGGACAAGGUAGUGUUGUGAGUUGUACACUUCCAUACACUUGUAAUUUACUAGUAUAAUCUGAUGUACUAUUAUGCUGUGGUGCUACUAGAUUCAAAGAUUGAUUAUUAGGUCAAUCAAAAAUCUAUAAAAAGUUGCCUAGUGUGGUACUGCUACAUACUUACCUACCGAGUUACCUAUUUGCCUUAACCAUGAGCAAUUUUUUCAAAAUUUUUCAUGGGUUGCAACAAUUUGAAUCACCAUCCCAACCUAUGGAAUUUUCAAUUUCCAAGUGCGAAUACAGCAGAAUUGAAAACAGAUUCAAAUACGCUGAAGAUGUUGAAAUAGCUGUCGGUCUAAUUUAUCUAGAGGAAUUGCGUGGUAUAGUUGAAAAGCAUAUUAAAGCAAAAGUCAAAGAUGACCUGCCCUUAGAGGAAUCUAUUUGUGAAAAUAUGGUACAACUCAUCAAAGAAUUCAAACUAGGUCAUACAUUUAAUAAGCAGUUAUUUUCUCGUGAGCCUGUAAGUACCUUGGAAAAAAUAGAAUGGCUCAUUGAAAACAUUACUGAGAGGCUUUCUAAUGACCAUUUCUAUAAAGCACCACGAUCUUUUAAAUUAGAAAAGAUUGAUUUGGAUAAACUCUCAAAACCGAUAAAUCCCUUAUUUUACAUUCCACUGGGCCACAAACUACCAGAUAAUACUAACUAUAAUAAGAGUGACAGCAAAAAUGAAUUUUCAUUACUAUAUUCGGGAGCAAAAAAGGACAAUGAAAUUUAUCCACUGCAAGCAAUGUUUGAACUUAACAAAAACUCAUUUCCUAGUUACACUUAUGAGGAAUUUAGUGCAAUUAUUGCAGAACAACUUACAUCUGACAGAAGCGAUGAUGAAAUUGUGACCUAUUUGCUUGACAUUUUUGGAUGCACUGUUUUUGAUUUUCUUGGUGAAAUUAUUAGCAAUCGGCAUAAAAAUAUUGAUUAUAGAGCAACAAAAGUCAAUAAUAAUGUAAAGUUGGUAAAGCCACCCCCAAAAAGUACUUCGAAUGCUGUGAUAGCAGGCACUGUGACAGUACAAUCAGAAAAAGAAAGCAAUUUGCUUAAAAAAAUGAGGAAAAUAGAGAAAAAAGACAGGAACAAAGGUGAAAUUAAGGAAACUGCGACAGAAUAUGAAGCUGCCAAAAAUACACCUUUAUUUAAAAAACAAGUAUUCAGGUUGGACCCAAAUGAGUAUCCUCAUGUCCAUGAUGAAAUGAGGAGCAAUAUGAUAGAAACAAAAUAUGAUGGUGUUACAGUAUGUCAACCAGCAAACGCAAUUAAAAAAAACACUAGUCAAUAUGCAGAGUUCACAAUUCCUGGUUCCAAAAAAGACGACAUCGAUAAGAUACCGAAAGUUCAAGUUAGUUCACUGGACAAUCUUGGCAAAUUGGUGUUCAAAGAUAUAAAAGAAUUUAACGUUAUACAAUCUGAGGUUUUUCCAGUAGCAUAUAAUUCUAAUGAAAAUUUGUUAAUAUGUGCUCCUACAGGUGCUGGAAAAACUAAUAUAGCUUUACUUUCAAUUGUGCAUCGAAUUAAAUGUCAUAUGGAAGGAAGUAAUAUUAAGAAAAAUGAAUUUAAGAUUGUCUAUGUUUGUCCCAUGAAAGCCCUUGCGACAGAAAUGGUAGAGAAUUUUCGGAAGAAACUAGCACCCAUUGGAAUAUCUGUAAAGGAAUGUACUGGUGAUAUGCAAUUAACAAAAAAAGAAAUCUUUGAAACACAAAUGCUAGUUACCACACCUGAAAAAUGGGAUGUUAUUACUAGGAAAGGAGCAGUUGAUUCUGAAAUAGUCGGUCUAGUUAAACUACUAAUAAUAGAUGAAGUUCAUCUUCUUAACAGUUCAAGAGGGCCUGUAAUUGAAACUUUAGUGGCCAGAACUCUCAGACAGGUAGUAAGCUCACAAAGCAUGAUUAGAAUUGUAGCUUUGUCAGCUACUUUACCGGGUUAUUUAGAUGUAGCACAAUUUUUAAAAGUCAACACCAAAACUGGACUAUUCUUUUUUGAUAAUAGAUAUAGAUCUGUACCGUUGACUACCUCCUUUAUAGGAGUAAAAGGAAGCCGCGGCGAGGAAUCUGCGACUAUGGAUAUGAUUUGCUAUACCAAAGUAGUGGAUUUUAUUAGAGACGGCCAUCAGGCUAUGAUAUUUGUAACCUCAAGAAACGCCACAGCUUCAGUGGCAAAUAGAAUUAUAGAAAUUGCACAAAGUAAAGGUACUUUACACCUUUUUGAACCAGAAAGAAGCAUAAAAAUACACAAAGCAGGUUAUAAAACAAGCGAAUUAGGACGAUUGGUGCCUCUUGGAUUUGGCAUUCAUCAUGCAGGAAUGGUCCGAAGUGAUAGAUUAGCAGUUGAACAUUUAUUUAGAACAGGAGAAUUGAAAAUUUUAGUAUGCACAACCACACUUGCUUGGGGUGUAAAUUUGCCUGCCCACGCUGUUAUUAUACGCGGAACUCUCCAUUACGACUCUUCAAAGUCAUCUUUCGCUGAUAUGGACAUGUUGGACGUCCAACAAAUUUUUGGACGCGCCGGAAGACCACAAUAUGACACUUCUGGACAUGGUCUGAUUAUAACAUCUAUGGAAAAUAUGUCCAAAUAUAUGGGACUUAUGUUAUCACAAACACCGAUUGAAAGUCAAUUUUUGAAUUGCAUUUCUGAUCAUUUGAAUGCUGAAGUCAUUUUGGGAACCGUUUCCAAUUUAAUGGAAGCUGUGGAAUGGCUUUCGAAUACAUUUUUGUAUUGUAGAAUAAAAAAAAAUCCACUAGUUUAUGGUUUAACCUUCAACGAAGUUUGGGAUACUUCGCAAUUCAAUAAAUUCUUGCAAGGACAAUUAAAUAAUGCCGCCAAUAUUUUGGAAGCAUCACAAAUGAUUAGGUUUGAUCGCACUCUAGGGGAAUUGAGGCCAACGAAUUUUGGUAGAAUAGCAAGUUUUUAUUAUAUUUCACAUAAAACAAUGGAUUUAUUUUCCAAACGUUUCCAUAGACAUAUUUCUGAGGCAAAUUUAUUCAAAUUAUUGGGUGAAGCUGAGGAAUUUAAACAAAUUCAAGUUAGAAUGGAUGAAGUAAAAGAACUUGAGCGUUUACUUGAAUACAAUGAGUACGAUAUUGAUUUGCCCGUUGGGACAAGCGGAUCUGCAAAAGUUUUAUGUUUGGUACAAGCCUAUAUUAGCAGAGCUCCAAUUAGAGUUUCCUCCCUGAUAUCGGAUUCUAAUUAUAUAAUGCAGACUAUUGUACGACUAGCAAGGGCUUUAUUUGAAAUUGCCAAAAGCAAAAACUACGCCCUGCAAAUGUCCAGAGCCUUAACCUUAGCUCAAAUGCUUGAACAACAAAUGUGGGAUCAUAUGCAUCCUCUAAGACAAUUUAAAGAGCUUUCACAGCAUCUUGAUAGCCACAGAGCUUCAGAAGUCUUGAUGUUGAAUAUUGAAGAUUUAAAAGAAAUGUCCGAAAGGGAAUUGGAAAAUUUAUUCAGGUCCCGACAUGUUGGUAGUAGAGUCAAACAUUAUUGUAAUGUAUUUCCUACGGUUGAUGUGGAGCAAAUUGUACAACCUAUUACAGAGGGAGUGAUUCGUGUCAAAUUAACAAUAACACCUACAUUUAAAUGGGAUAACCAAAUUCAUGGGGGAGCACAACAUUAUUACGCCUGGGUAGAAGAUCCAAGACAUGAUGCUGUGUAUCAUAUAGAAUCAUUUGUGAUAACAAAAAAAAACUGUCAGGACGCUGAUAAUACUGUAGAUCUAGUUUUUACUGUACCAUUGACGAAACCUUUAUCUUUUGAAUAUUAUGUGAGGGUUGUUAAUAGUCAAUUUAUGCAUUCUCAUGAAACUGGUGUAAUUGACUUGGAAAAUAUGAUACAAUUUCCAAAAGAUUCUUAUCAGACCACUAUUUUGGAUCUAUAUCCUUUACCAAAAAAUGUUUUAAAAAAUAAAUCCUUCGAAGAAUUAUAUUCAUUUACACAUUUUAAUGCUGUACAAAGUCAAGUUUUUCAUUCCUGCUAUCAUACAGACACGCCAAUCAUUUUGGGAGCUCCAACCGGAUCUGGCAAAACUAUAGUCGCGGAAUUGUGCAUUUUAAGACUAUUUCGCUGCAAUCCAAAUAAAAAGGUCGUCUAUAUUGCACCAAUGAAAGCCCUAGUUCGCGAACGUGUUAAAGAUUGGUCCACAAAGUUUGCUAAGAUCAAUAAAAAAGUUAUAGAAGUGACUGGAGAUGUAACUCCUCGCUCUGAAUUUAUCAGAUCGGCUGAUAUUAUUAUCACAACCCCUGAAAAGUGGGAUGCAAUGAGCAGAAAUUGGACUGAAAAAGAUUUUGUGAAACAGGUGGGGUUGAUGGUUAUCGAUGAAGUUCAUCUUUUAGGUGAGGAAAGAGGCCCUGUUUUAGAAGUCAUAGUAUCCAGGAUGAACUGUAUCAACAAUAAAAAAAAUACUAACGUCAGGAUUAUUGGACUUUCAACUGCUAUGGCUAAUCCUGGUGAUCUUGCUUAUUGGCUGAAUUGUGAUAAGAGAGGUUUAUUUAACUUCAGCUCUGCCGUUAGACCAGUUCCUCUAGAAAUCCAUCUUCAAGGUUUCGAUGUGAAAAACUACUGCCCUAGAAUGGCUGCUAUGAACAAAUCAGUAUAUCAAGCCAUAUGUCAAUAUGCCCAGGAUAGUUCCUCAUUAAUCUUUGUGUCAUCCCGUAAACAAACUAGAAUUACGGGUGGUGAAUUGAUGAAAUAUGUGUUGAAUGAAAAUAAUCCGCACAGAUGGAUCCAUUGUCAUCCUGACGAGUUAGAAGAUGCCAAGGCUAGAAUAAUUGAUCAAGAUUUAUUAGAAUUAAUAUCGUAUGGUAUCGGAAUACAUCAUGCAGGGCUGGUUGAUUCAGAUAGGCAUUUAGUUGAACAUUUAUUUGUCAAUCAAAAAAUUCAAGUUCUAAUUGCAACGGCUACUUUAGCUUGGGGAGUUAAUUUUCCGGCUAGAUUAGUCAUAGUCAAAGGUACAGAAUUCUUCGACCCGACAACCAAGCUUUACAGGGACAUGCCUAUCACUGACGUCAUACAAAUGUGCGGUAGGGCGGGUAGGCCUCAAUUUGAUAGUAGUGGUGUGGCUUGUGUUAUGGUUGAAGAGAGCAAGAAGAACUUUUAUAGAAAGUUCUUAUUUGAACCAUUCCCUGUUGAAUCCAAUCUUUUAGAAUCGCUGCCCGACCAUGUAAAUGCAGAGAUCGCUAAUGGAAAUGUUGCAACCAAAAAUCAACUAGUAGAAUUUAUUGAGUCAACAUUUUUCUUCAGAAGAUUACUAGCCAAUCCGAGCUAUUAUCAGCUACAACCCAAUGACGAUCCCUUACAAUAUGUUAGUGAUUUGGCAGAUUCUGUUGUUGAUGCGUUACGACAACGUGAUUGUGUUACGAUGCCAGAAAAAGAUGCUGUCGAAGAGAUCUACGAAACCACCCUUUUGGGGAUGCUUAGUUCCCAAUAUUACCUCUCCUACAAAAGUAUACAUUUCCUUAGUGAAAGCAUGGAACCAAAUAAUUCUAUUGAAGAAUUACUAACACUAAUUUGUCAAGUUGAAGAAUACAAGCUGUUUCCAGUGCGUCAUAAUGAAGACAUCAUAAACAGGGAAUGGUGCAAAAAAUUAGACAUAAAAACAAGUUUUCCAUUCGAUUCACCCUAUUUAAAAGUUUUGAUAAUGCUAAAAUGUUACUUAUUAAAUAAAAAUUUGCCUAAUCAAGAAUAUAUUUUGGAUCUUAAGUCAGUUUUGGAUCAAAUUAUUCGUAUUAUUCAUGCUAUGAUGAGCUUGGCUGCAACUAGAAACUGGUUAGAAUGUACCUUAAAAACCAUACAUUUGUGCCAAAUGCUUAUCCAAGGAUUUAUGUUAACCAGUCCAAACCUUAUAAUGUUACCCUACGUAAAUGCUAGCAAAUUAGUUGAAAUUCAGAGUCAACUUGGCAAAGUUUUAAGAAUAAAUAAUUCGGAAAUAAAUAUUGCCGACCUAAAAUCUUCAAUAAAUAGUAAUCCAAAUAUUGGUAAAGAUAUUACCUCUAUUUUUGGAAAGAUUCUUGGCGUUAAUGCAGCUGCUGAAAUUAUGAAAACUAUACGAGAUUUACCAACAUUAACAAUACAAUCAAUUGUAGCCAAUGCAACAAAUAAUACAAUUUUAGAUCUAGAAACUGAUAAAAUAAAUCGUCUAAUACGCAUAACAGGCCAGGAAGAUGCGGAUUAUUUAAUUAAAUUAGAUAUGACAAGAGAAGGCUCAAGGAAUAUGAACGUUUUUAGUAAAAAAUUCAACAAACAAAAAGAAGAAUUUUGGUUCUUGAUAUUGGCCACUGAAAAUGAUUUGAUAUUUAAAAAAUUCUCUUUUUCGAGAAGAUAUAAGACGAUUGAAGUACCAGUACAUUUACGUCGGGGGGUGUAUAGUUAUCAGCUUUACAUAAUGAGUGAUUGCUAUCUUGGUUUUGAUCAACUUUUGACAUUUAGAAUCAAAAUAGGAUAAAGUAUUUAUAAAAAAAAAUAGUACAAUUAUUUACAAAUGUGUACACAAUAUUUAUGUCAUAUACAUAACAUAGGCUUAUCCGUAAAAUAAACAUUUAUUUAUUUAUUUAUUUAUUUAUUUAUAGAUAUUGACUUGAAAUAUGCUGAUAAUAUGUUCAUUUUGUUUACUUAGAUACCUAUUUUUGAAAUAUCUAAAGCAUUUCAAUACAUGACCAAAACAUUUUUGAAUAUAUAUAAUUUGCACUAAUUUUUGUGGGCCUGGAAAGCCUCUUGUUUGAAAUCCCUUGUUAAUGUGUUGUAUUUUUAUGUUUUGUUGGCUGAUGAUUUUAAUGUUAAUUUUGACGACAGGAGCUCUGCUUUUAUCAAUUUUUUACGAGGGUAUCAAAAUUUUCAACCAUCUGCAGCAAGUAUUGAGGAGGCAACUUCACUAAUAGAAGUAUUUAUGCAUCACUUGAAAAGAUUCUUAGUUGGCUUCGCUUGUUAUUCCCUGUUUGAGUCCUAGAGUCCUACAGUGAACAGUUUUAGGCAAAUUAUUUGAUUUUAUUUAUUUUUCGUGUGUUAAACUGUGAAUGUUGAUAUGCACAUAGUACAGGGUGCUGCAAUUUGGAGUGUUUUGACAGGAAAAAACGUACUUCGAGACCCGAUAGAGAGAAAUUUAACUUAGAUGUCAUGACAUCGAUUUCCGAGAAACGUCGAUUGUCAAAAACUGUAUCGCCUCGCCAUAUCUUCAAUGGUACCAUUGAUACAGGGAGAUGUUCGAUUUUUCCCUAUUCUGAAAAAUAGCUAUAGGUUUUUUAUUUAUCAAAUUUUGAAAUCAGCAAAAGCAGGGCCACAGGUUGCAGGGCUAUCCAAUGAGCUAUUAAUAUAUAGGGUGUCUUGUUUAAAAAAAUCGGACUUCGGUCAAUCGACGUUUCUCGGAAAUCGAUCCCGUGACAUCUGUCAAUUGUUCUCUAUCUGAGUCUGGAAGAACGUUUUUCCUGUUCCCAAAUCGCACCCGGUACUAUGUGCAUUUCACGUGAGAUUUUUUUUUGUUAUGUAAACUCGUUAUUUGGUUUUAAUUUAAUUGUCUGAUUUUUAAGUUUUAAAUUAUAGUGAGCACGUAAAGGUUGGAAUAAAAUCUAUAAAAUAUACAGGGUGGAUAUUUUUCAAAAAACCUCGGACACGUCAAUUUUUGAUUUUAGUGGCUGUUUUUUUGAUGAUAAUACUAUGUAUACAGGAUGAUUCAAAAACAAGUUAUGACAGCUAACUUUAUUUUUUUAAAAUGAAAACACCAAUUUUUUAUUCCAUUUUCAAAUUCUACGUUAAAUUCUGAACCUAUUUCAUGUAUCAUGUCCUAUAAAGUCAGUUGCAUGGUUCUUGAACUGCGCAGUCUGAAGAGGCAGAGGGGAAAAUUCGUCAUUCCGGCGUUGUCAUAUCAAUAAUAAUAAUACAUGAAAAUUGCAAUAAAAUCUCCUUCGUCUUCGAAAUAUGGAGAAUACUAUUCUUCAAAUCGAAUAAUAUUCUAAAAAUAACAUAAAAAUAUAAUGAUACCAUAAUUAAUAUUUUUUAAACAUUCAUUUUAUCCAUUUAAUAAAUCAUACAUCAUUGAAAAUCCUUUUUUUUUUCCGAAAUCCGGCAUCACUGAGAUCACUUAUGUGGAACGUUUCGAAUCGGGGCGUACUCUCUGUAUGUUAAAUAGGAAAAAAUGACUGAGCGAUUGGAUCCCACCACAACCAGGCGAUGGCGCCGUCGCCGCCGUCAGCUAGGCGGGCACAUUUUAAAUUUUAUUUCACUGGCGUCUCUGUUCAAUCAAAGUUUUAUUCAGUGGCGUAGCCAGAAGGUGUUUAAAAAGAUGGACAAAUUUACGCAAAAAAAAAUCUUCAUAGCCAAACAAGGGAGGUAAUAGCCAAUAUAUAUAGAGUUUGCGAUGAAGAAGGAACGAAUACGAAUCACCCUGUUGAGUUGAACCACCCUUAUAUUGGGCGAAUUUCGAAAUUUUGAACAUCCAAGUUUUUUUCAUGAAGCAUAUACACCCAACAUCAGACGCAAUUUGCAAAUGUGAAAAUAAAUUUUAAUCUUCUAAUAGAAAAAAUUACAUUACGCACGCCUAUGAUAUCAAACCUUAGCCGAGUUUUUAUGUGGAAUUUUCCCCUCUGCCUCUUCAGACUGCGCAGCUCAAGAACCAUGCAACUGACUUUACCUAUCUUUAUCUGUUUCGGAGAUAUUGACAGUUGAACAUUGACUUUUUUGCAACUUUGACAGGCUGUAGAGCCUAAACGGUUAAUUUUAGAGCAAAACCAAUCAUAUAUUUUUAGUUUUCCUUAAACUAUCAUUUAAGACCAACUUUGAAUUUAAUCCAUGGUUGAAAAUUCCGGCCAAAUUUAAUCUCCGGUUAAAGUCAAAGUUGGUGUCAAAUGAUGAGUUUAUGGAAAACUAAAAUAAGAACGUAUGAUCGGUUUUGCUCUAAAAUUAACCGUUUAGGUUCUAGAGCAGGUCAAAGUUGCAAAAAAAUCAAUUUUCAACUGUCAAUAUUUCCGAAACAGUUGAAGAUAGGUAUAGGACAUGAUACAUGGAAUAUGUUCAGAAUUUAACGUAGAAUUUAAAAAUUAAAUAAAAAAUUAGUGUUUUCGUUCGAAAAAAUUAAGUUAGCUGUCAUAACUUGUUUUUGGGUCACCCUGUAUAUAUGGUAUUAGCAUAAAAAAAAACGGCCAAUAAAAUCAAAAAUCGGCCAAUAAAAUCAAAAAUCGACUUGUCCUAGGUUUUUUGAAAAAUAUCCACCCUGUAUAUUUUAUAGAUUUUAUUCCAACCUUUACGUGCUCACUGUAUUGUUUUUUUUUCUGUUUUAUUUUAUAUUUUUUGUUACGAUUUAGGUUCCUACUUGUUUUUAUACCUUAUUAUUCUUAUGUAAACUUGUUUCGGUGAGUGCAUUAUAAAUCCGUGUGAACACUCGGACAUUUUUUUUAGAAAUUAACAUUUUUUCUUUUUAAAAAUCUUUGUUGAACAGUAAAAAUAAACAGGAAUAAUAAUAAAGUAAAUAAAGUUUGUCAUGA